AUGGCUUCCACCGAGCCGCUCCAGCGGCUGGAGCGCCUCACGCUGAGGCUGCUGCACAAGAGGCUCGAGCAAGCGCAGAGCGAGCACUCACAGCUCAAGGAGGCUGUGAGGAGCGAGGUGAAUGAGAUGCUGGAGAAACAACGUGCUGACAAGCUGCGGCGGAAGCUGCAGCAGCUGACGAGAGCAACGGCUGACCUCGACGGCCGCCUCUGCUAUGGCGCCCCCCCUGGAUGGGGUAAUGGCGGCAGUGCCAGCUGCAGCGCUGAUGGAGAUUGGAGCAGCGCCUGGCUGUCGGGCACAGAAGUGUCAUACACUGUGCAGCGGAGCAGCGGCGACGGGCGGUUGGAGAUGACGCACAGCAAGUGCACGAUUGAGCUCCAAAUAUAUACAAAACCGUUUGCGCACGGCGGCAUGCGGCAAGCCUUCUACGCAAGGGACAAGUCUGGCGUGGGCCGCUAUGUUCUCAAACGCGCCCUGCUGGAGAGCAGCAAGCUGGAGAAACGCGUGCGGGAAAUGCACCGGGAUGCAGAGGCCACUGCACUGAGCCAGCAGGCUGCGCUGGCGUACACCCAGGCCGUCGGCGAGGAUGCUCCCAUCUCAUACCUGCCGGCCAGUGUGGUGAUCCUGCGGAGCAGCGCUGAGCCGGGCGGUACGGCUGUGUACAUCAAGGAGCCCUGGCUGGACCCAGCCGGCGGCCGCUGGCUGAAGUGGACGCGCAAUGAUGGCCACAUCUUCCCAGAGGGCAAGCUGGACGCAACCAUCCAGUCCUUCACUCACUUCUCCCUGCACUUCCUGCGCCAGGGGCUGGGGUGCGACGCAAUCGUGCUGGAUGCACAGGCAAGCUGCGAGCGCGACGGUGUGGAGGCGCUGUCGCCCUCCAAGCGGCAGUACACGCUGACGGAUCCGGCUCUGUGCACGGCAGAUAAGCGUUUUGGCCGGGCUGACCUGGGCUCCGAGGCCAUCAAAACGUACAUGGCAGCCCACACCUGCGGCCCACUCUGCUCAAAGGCUGGCUGCCAGGGCACGCGGGUGUGA